UUGUAUGCUUUGAAGCACUUAAGCAUAAAAAACAAGAACAAUCUAUUCUCACUCACAUGUUCAAGAUGAACAACAGAAAUUUAACAGCUGUGGUAUUGAUGGCCUUUCUGUUUCUGAUAACACUGGAAACAUCAAAAGCAAUGUUCGACAUGGAUUGCUGCUAUGCCUACUCUAAAGGUUUGCCACCACUUAAACAGAUUACAGGCUACACAGAACAGAAGUCAAAUGAAGUGUGCAACCUGCAUGCAAUUGUGCUACAUUUAAAUCACAUGGAUGUGUGUGUGGACCCAGAUGACAAAAGAGUGAAACAAAUUCUCCUGUGGCUUAGUAAGAAGCUGAGGAAAAUGUCUGAGAUGUCAUAGAGAAGAUUCAUCUUGUAAAGACAGCAUUCCAAGUCAAACUGCAGUGCUAUGCGCAUGAUUGAAUUUUUGACUGGUGCACACUUCUGUGUACAAAUCCUUAAUUUAUCUUCAUUAGUGAAGAAUGGAUACUGAUCAUAUUGUAUCAUCAGUUAAAGGCCAUUGUCAAUUUGUUUUAGCCAAUGAGCAAAAAGCUUAUGUGCUUAUUGUUCAUUCUGUGAAUAACUUAUUUGUAUGUAGACAUGCAACUGUAUUUAUA